AAUACUCGCAGUGGUUUGGAUGAGACCAGAAGAUAUUCUUGUGGCAACAUAAAUAACACUAGGAGGACAUCGCUAUGUUUGGAUCGGCGGGCAAACCUUCCUGUAGAAAAUAUUUCCAGCCAAUCGAAGAUAGAGACUUUGGAAUGGCAAAUCAAAGAGGUGCAAAAAAGUCGGGAUAUGUAUAGGGCGGUGAUGAAGCAGGUCGUGACUUAUUUGGAAAAAACGCAUCACAGUUUAGAACUGUUAGGAAGCAGGAUGAGUCGCCGACACUCAGUUCACAGGUCAAAGAGUGAACAUCAACUUGAACACAGUCGAGGAUCAAUUGACAUUUCUCUACAACAAACUGUCAACAGGACGUUGGAUGAACACCAACUGAAAGACAUUCAGUG